AUGAGUGGGAAAGACUGGGAUGCUCAGCUGACUCCAGAUGUGAAAAAGGUGGCAAAAGACUGGAUCCAGGAGAUGAGUCAAGCUCAAGAUCUGAAGAUUCCGAGGUGUUACAGAACGCGGCCAAUCACUGAUGUGAAGCACAUUUCGAUACAUGUCUUCUCCGACGCGUCCCGAGAAGCCUAUGCUGCCUGUUGCUACCUAAGAUUUCUGUAUGAUGAUGAUACGACACAGGUGACAUUCGUUGCUGCCAAGGCAAGAGUUGCCCCGCUGCGGGCUAUCAGUAUCCCAAGAUUGGAGUUGAUGGCAGCGGUGCUAGGUGUAAGGCUAGCCCGUAUCAUAGCCAAGAUGCUGGAGAUCUCAAUUGGAGAGCACAGAUUUUGGACAGACAGUACAGAUGUACUAUACUGGAUCAGGGGACAGUCUCGACGGUACAAGCAGUUUGUGGCAAACAGAGUAUCAGAGAUACAUGAACUCACCUCCCCCCAGCAAUGGUGUCACAUUCCUGGAAAAUUAAACCCAGCAGACGACCCGUCACGAGGUGUGAAGAUGACCGAGAUGACUGACGAUAAGAGAUUGUGCAGAGGGCCAGAUUUCCUGUGGAAAGGAGAGGAAGAAUGGCCAAGGCAGGUGAUGGAAUCACUUGAUGUGUCUGGAGCAACUGUUAGUGAAGUAGCCAUGGGUGAAGAGAAGAAAGAGGCGAAUUGCGCAGUAGCCCAAGUGAGUACACCAGUUCUACCAGCCGCAUCAUUUUCCAGCUGGACCAGAUACCGAAGAAUGGUGGCCUGGAUGCUGUGCUUUGCCAAGAAACUACCCAAGAGGAAAGAUGGGAUGCGAUCAUUUACCCCUGAUGAGUUGAGGCAAGCUGAGAUUGGGAUUUUGAGAGAUGCUCAGAGACAAGUCUUCAAGUCUGAGAUGUUGAGUGUACAGAAAAGUGAAGAACCCUGCCGUGGAAGUCUGAGAGAUCUAUGUCCCAUGAUUGAUGACGAUGGCCUGUUGAGAGUUGGUGGGAGAUUGGAGAAGUCAGAUCUGCCCUAUGACGCUCAACACCCAAUCAUACUGCCCAAGAAUCAUCCUGUGACCACGUUGAUCAUCCGAUCAUUCCAUUUGUUGGCAUACCAUGUGCGUGGAGUGAAUGGACUGCUUGCCGAUAUCAGGACGAGAUAUUGGCCGGUGAAUGGGCGAGAGGCUGUGAAGAAGUACGAGCUCACAUGUGUCAAGUGUAAGGAACGAAAGAAGAAAUUGUACCAGCAAAAGAUGGCGUCACUACCUGGUCUGAGGGUCAAGAUUCCAAUCCGAGCGUUUGCCCACUGGAGUUGA